UGGCAAAUGCUGGGAGGGGAGAGAAUGGAAGAGGAGGCGGAGGGAAGGGGGAGAUUUACCCUCUCCUAAGAUUUCUACUCCGAGGCCUAACUAUUAUUCCUAUCACUCCAUUCCAGGCAAAUUAAUAGGUUUUCCUGCUGUGUAUUCGCCAGGGCGCACGCGUGUUGGACAGAAGAGUGACUUAUUUUGCAAGGAGGUAUUUCUCGGCGCAACGGCAGUACAAACUUUCCAAUCAAUGGAGUCAUGCGGCUGAGGUGGUCGCGGCGAUCUUCAGCACUCGCAUACCUGGUGAGCGUCCUGCCCGGCCCCUCUGGAACUGGUAGUGGCAAGCGGUGCAUAUUUCCCACGAUGUGAGAUACCUGCGUUAAGACCUAAAGUGAUGAAGACAAAGAUUUUCGCACAACGAGGCAGAUCAGGCAUCGACGUGAAGACGAGCCGAGUGGAGGAGUGUUCGCCUGGCUCUGUGUGGCGGCUGUGAUGACUAGCCCAGCAUGGAUUACAACAGGAGGGGCGACCAGCACCUCGGCUACACCCACACCGCACUCCCAGACCAGUUCGACCAGCUCUCCCUCUCCCGCGUGGAGCAGCGGAUGGGGCCAACAGAGCACGGCCAUGAGGAGGGUCGAGGUGGGGGGGUGUAUGGGGGUCGCGGCCUCUUAGCCGGUUACCCCCCCUCGCACCGCCCCCUCGAGCCCCACGCACAACACUUCAAUCAUCACCAACAAGGACAAUAUCAGCCACAGAGUCAAGACAUCUUGAGUCGCAACCCCCCCAGCCUGACAAUUGACAGUCAUGUUCAUGCCACCCCUCGCCAGCCGCCUUCACCCGUUCCGCAAGAGUAUACCCCAAAGUGUCUCGCCUCAUUAGGUGUUUCUUCGGCCAGGGGCACCACUCACACACUCUCCCUCUCCACUUCACCUAUGAGGUCUAAUUUGGGAAACACUUAUUCAUCAUCCCACGGUCUCAGGCAUGAAUUGGACUUAGAUUGUAUGAGUGUCAACAACCAUGCACUGAGGCAAAGGCUUGAUGGUGUACAGCUGACCACCAACCUUUCCACACAGCAGCCAUCUGCUGUAUCUUCAAAGCUGCCAAUUUCAUAUCCUUCCCAAUUGUCCUCAACUCAUCCUUCACAGCUGGCAUCAUCUCUACCCUCCCAGCUAGUCUCCACUUUGCCAUCACAGCUGCUCCCAAGUCUAUCCUCACAGCAGCAGGCCUCCACACUGCCCUCACAGCUGGGACCUGCCCUUCCAUCUCAGCAGCUGUCACCAGCUGGCCCAUGUUCCUCUACCCAGCUGCCUCCACAGGCUGGUGGCUUAGGACUCUCAUGGCAUUCUGUGCCUGGCAAUGGCUACUCACAACAUGUAGGAAGCACACAGGCAGCACAGCAUCCACCUAACAACCUCUCAAUGAUGCAGGUUAAUCAGUAUACAGCUCAGUCAUUUGUCAAUGGCCAGAUAAAUCACAGCAUGCACCUACAGCAGAACUUCCAGUCAUCACCUUCUCACAUACAGUACAGCAAUAUGGACUACUCUAGUGCACAACAGCAGCAAUACCAUAACUUUGGUCAGCUUCAGUCUUUUCCUCAAAACUCAGGGAAUUAUCAGUUCAACAUUGAUUAUGUUGACAACACUGACCCUCAAAGCAUGUACCAAGAUUAUUACUAUGGCGACUACCAGUAUGGUGACAACUAUUGUAGCCUUGGAGAAAACUUCUUGGACCCCAACCAGCUCACUGUAUCUGCAGCACGAUCAACCACACCUUAUGGAGAUGAAACUGUGGAUGAUCUUGGGCCAGAAGAGGUGCGAUGGUUUUAUAAAGUGGAAGCAGACAAGAAAUGGACACCAUUCAUUGGCUAUGACUCAUUACGUAUUGAAUGGAAAUACCGUGAUUUGCUACAAGAUGUCAGAGCAGAAGGUAAUGAGAGUCCUGCAGGUGAACAGAAGUGGUCUGGAAAACUCUCUCCGAAAGAAAAACAAGAGGGCUCCCCGCAGGAUGUUGACAAGAUAGUGGUGCGUGGAGGGCUGUACGAGGUGGAUGUGAAGCUGCUCAAGUGUGAGAGUAUCUACUGGCAAGGGGAAAUUUUUGUGAUUACUCGAGGCACUUGGUUUUAUGACACUUGGGGACCAUUGGAGGAACUGAUGGCUAACCGUAUAGAGGUUGAGCACCUAACCAACUUCAGGGGUCACCUACUAUCUUCACAGAGGCUAGAUGACAGCACCAAAGAGGCUGUCCACAGUUUGGGAUUGCCUGAAGGGGAUGUCGAGUGGUUCAGCGCCUCUGAAGUGUACCUGACUUCAGAUGCUACCCCUUCCCGCCUCAUGCGAUCUGUGGGAAAGAAACUUGGCUUUCAAAAGACUGGGUACAAGCUACAUCGUGGAUACAGCAUAGAUGCAACAUCCAGUGAUAAGCCACCAGAUAUAAAUCACAUUGUAUUUGUCAUCCAUGGAAUUGGGCAGAAGAUGGAGCGUGGCCGCAUCAUUAAGAAUUGCACAGGUUUAAGGGAGAACGUGAAUUACUUGAAGCAGAAGUACUUCCCUGGCAUAAGCAAGAGCAGCCACACAGUGGAGUUCUUCCCAGUGGAGUGGAGGUCCUCACUCGUCCUAGAUGCUGGCGUUAUAGACGCCAUCACUCCUCAGAAGAUUCUUAAUAUUCGACAGAUGCUCAAUGCCUCAUUCAUGGACAUAAUGUACUACAACAGUCCAUUGUACAGGGAUGAGAUCAUCGGUGGGUUGACCAACGAAAUGAACCGCCUGUACACGAUGUUUACCCAGAGAAAUCCCUACUUCGAGGCCAAUCGGGGCAAGGUAUCCAUGGUGGCGCAUUCUCUUGGCUGUGUCAUAACUUAUGACAUAGUCACUGGCUGGAAUCCUGCACAUCAGUUUGACAAACAGCUUGUGCAGUCUUUGCUCAAGACACUUGAUGUAGAUGAGGGGUGCAAGAGAGACUAUCCCUUAACUCUCAAGAAAGGACUGCAAGAACUUCUUACUAAACAUGAGGCCAGUCACUCCCAGCCUUCAUUAAAUUUCAAGAUAGAAAAUUUUUUCUGUUUGGGUUCUCCAUUGCCAGUAUUCUUAGCCCUGAGGACUAAGCAUUCAGAGCGUGUAGCCGCGGACAUAAUUCCCCAGAAGCUGUGCAAACGCCUGCUCAAUAUUUUCCAUCCAGCUGAUCCUGUGGCUUACAGGAUAGAGCCUCUUCUUUGCCCAGAAUACUCCAAUAUUUCACCAGUCCUCAUUCACUCCUACAAUGCAACAGAAAAGAUGCCAUAUAAUGAAAUGCCACUGGAGCCCAUUGGGAUAGGAGGCCGAGACAAAGAAAAGGAAUACAAAGAAACGGGAGAAAAACCUCGAGCAGACUCUGAAAGCAAUACUCCGGUCUCAUCUGUUCCCAGCACUCCAGUAAAAGGAGCAAGUUCAUGGAGUCUGUGGGGACUUAUGAAAGGCAACAAAAAGUCUACUGAAAGUGGCUCCAACAUUCCUGAAGUUUCAUCAGUCCUUCAGGAAAGAAGUCCUAUAGAUCGAAUGGACUUUGUAUUGCGGGAAGGAAGCAUGGAGAGCAGCUACAUAUCAGCAGUCACCUCACACACAGCUUACUGGAAUAACUAUGAUGUGUCACACUUUAUACUGAGUGUACUAUAUCCUGACUUACAACCACCCACCCCCUCCAGCAAGCCGGAGACCAGUCGCCCGUGACUUUCCUCAGUGCCUCCCUCCACUCCCUGACAUAAAGCAUAGGGAUACUUAGAGUAGUAAGGAUAAUCAGAGGAGAAUGAAUGCAUUAUUAAGCUGGAUGCAUUUCACCAGCAAGACGAUUUCAUUCCCUGUAAAUUUUACAGAAAUUGGCACAACAUUAAUAUUCCAUUGAUUGUCUUUCCUAAGCAGUGACUUUGUUAUAGGGGGAAUACUAUUUUCUUUUUUUUGCUUCUUUCAGUCUCAUAAAUAAUCUAACUUUUGUAUACAUUGACAGUCCUUCAACAGCUAUGAUUAUGUUGCAGUGUAUGGUGUAAUUUGACGUCUUUUCCACAUCUUACAACAGCAAUCAUCAAUCAUUUUUACCUGAAAAGAAUAUAAAUACAAUGAACCUUUCCUAAUUGUAUGCCUGCCAUCAGACAAAGUCUUUCAGUUCAAUCAAAGUUUUGGUUAGAUAUUCAUAUCUUAAUGAUUCACCUCUCAAGCAAGCUUUUCUAGCAGGAUUUUAUGUGAUUUCCCCCCCCCCCCUUUUUUUUUUUUUUUUUUUCCCAAGAGAAAAUGCCUCCUUUAGUCUAUAAUUAUUUUAUAUUUUUAACAAGGGGUUUAAAUUUUAUACUCUGAACCCCUAACCUGCUCAGUAAUAGAAAUAGGAUUAGAAUGUUGACUAAUGUGAUAUUGUAGUUUACCACAAAUGCCUAAAAAGAUUCAUAUUUCGUGAUGUUUUUAGCACAAUUUUUCACCAGCUCUUUUUUUUGUUAUAAACCAAUAUGAUUUUAUUCUGGUACAGAUAAAAAGAUCUUUCCAGUUAGUAAAGCUGACUCUAAUUUCUAGAGAUAGUUCAAGUUGCCAUCUAGCUUUGAUCAGAUUUUAAUUGUGGAAGACAAUCUUGGCCUAAAAUAAGAGUCAGUAUUACCAACCUAUUAAGGAUUUACAGUAAGUAAGUAUGAAGUGAAUAACUGGAAUCAAAUAACUUUUUUUCUCACUUUGCCCCAUAGCACUGAUAUGGUUUCUUGAUGGGGGUUCUGGUGGUUGGCCCCUGCCUCCUCUUAGUGGUGUGGGCAAGUAUUUUAUGGUGGCACCAUUUUUGCUUGGCUCAUGCUGCCUCCCGGAGCUCCAUUUGAUCCUCUUGACAGAGUUUCGUUAGACUUCUGGUUGAUAGGUGUCCAUCAGGACAGCAUGUGGGUUAACUGCAGCCACUCACUGAUGGCUAAAAAUUGUCGCCUUGUAGUGGUGGGUGGGACUUGAAAGCAGGUCUCCAGAUCACCCUCCACACCUGCAUACUGUCCGCUCAGGAAUAUGCAACUGUAUACAAAAUAAUCAAACAAGUUGCCCAUAUUUAUGAUUAAAAUGUAUUUGGACUCAAAUUGCUACAUAAAACAUAUGCAUAGUACUGUAUUUGCCAGUUUUAUAGAACACACCUCUGUAUAAGAUGCACCCUAGAUUACAAGGCUUUUUUUAAUGUUUAAUCAUAAGUCUACUUGAAGUGGUUUCAAAGUAGUUUUGUAUGGGUAAACAUAUGAUUUUGUGCAUGUAAAUACAGUAUGUACUGGAAUCAAGUACAAAAUCACCAUUUUCUCAAUAGACCGUAUUGGGUAUACAGGCAGCACCACAUGUGGCCACUCAACUCCAAGCUGAAUUUUCUAGAGUUCUAGUUAUAGACUAGAGUGCGUCUGAGGCUGUCUCUGGGAUACACGGCCAUGAUGCCGCCGUCGCCCCAAGCCGAUGAUUGCACACACUUCACUCCUACACAAUUUCAGUUUUUCUCCAUGUCAAAUAGUAGAGUCAGGAAAUCAGGUUGGAAUAAAGUGUGUGCAGUCGUUGGCUUGGAGCGGUGGUGGCACCAAGGCCUUGUAUCCUGGAGGGAGCCUCAGACACACUCUAGUACAUAACUUGAGUUCUAUGGAAAGUAUUGCUUUGACAGUUCACUGAGUGGCCACAUGUGGCGCUGCCUGUAUGGUCAAUACGGUCCAUUAGUGGCUGACCAAAGUACUGUGCAGCUGCCCUAUUAUCAUUUUAUUAAAUAAUUAAUUGAAUUAGUUUAGUAAUUAUUAAUUUCAUUAGUUUAUGAUCUGUAACAAAUUUUAUGUAGCAAUGCCUUUUUUGCUUUUCCUUUAUGGGUUUGAACUUAGUUGACAAUUUACAGGAUUAUGCUAAUAUAACCUUACUUUACCAUUGACCAGAUCAGCUGUGGUUUGUUUACAAGGGAGUGGCAAUUUAUCAAGCAGUGUGCAGUCUUGCUCUUAGUCUUACCAUCAUUGUUUUAUGGUGAUAGGUUACUAUCCAUUAGAUUAAUGUGAGGUGAUGCUACUUUAAAUAUAACUCAACUAAUUGAGAGGUGAUAAGUUACCACUUUUACUGAUUUUGCUCAUUUGCUUGGUAAAUAACUACAUACACAACAAUUGUUUUCAUUAGCAGUUUGAUAUUUUUAAUACUCAAAUUUUAUAGAAAGAAUCACAGUAAACAAUUCACAGUAGCUUGAUACGUUUGGUCACCUGGAGAGCUGAGCCGUCCAACCCAUAAAGGAAAAUAAGGACAUUAAACAAAGAAGAAAAAGAAGAGUUCAAAAGGAAAAUGGCAGACUCUUCAUGACUGCAGAUGUUAUGUCAUUUGUUGACAUGUAAUGCAUGUCUUUGAAUAACUUGUUUUAGUUAAUCACUCAUGUAUGUUUAGCUCAUAGUUAUUUCAGUGGUUCAUAUAAGUCCUGUUUGAGAAGUGAAGUUUUAUGAUGUCUUUGAGACCAGAAGUAUGCUGCCAGAACUGACUUGAAUAUAUCAAUUAGCGUGUGGUUAUAUUAGUUUUGUUAUAUGUUGUUCCACCAAGAAUGCCAUUACCAAAAACUUACCAAUGACCUUCAUUGGGGAGUUAUUCAACAAAACAACCAAGCACAGUUUGUGUGCUUUCUGUACUACUGCUGCUCUUUCAACCCCCAGCACCUCACUCCUAGGGCAUUCAGUCUCUAGUCUGUAUUGCACAUGCAUAAGACAGGGCAAUUUUUUACUUUUUUUAUGCAUCUUAUAUGCUGGCAAAUAUGGUAUAUGUGUGAAUCAAAUUUUGACUGUCAGUGAAGUGCAUAUUUCAAAUCCAAAAAAUCCAAAAUCUCGUUCAUUAUUAGAUUGCACAAUAUUUUUUUAGUGUUAAAAAUUUCCAGUCUCAGCUAUGGUGUACAUAAGCCUCAAAUAUAUUGUUUCAUUCACUCACUGACUUCAUUCUGAAGGGUUCUGAGCUAAUUCCCAGGCAGGCAGCCUUCCUGCUUUCAACAGCUCAUUGUUUGGCAUUCUCCACUCAGAGGUGCCUCAUGAUAACACCCAGUCAGUUCAACAGAAACAUGCCAUUGCUCAUGUAGUUAGAUAAAUUUCAUGAACUAAGCAGUAGCAAGCCACAAUUAUCAUGUGUGGAGAUGCAGUGGUAUGAGACAAGUCUUUGUCUCUUUAAGUCAAAUUUUAGAUUAUGUUUCCCAACCAAAAAGCAAGAUUAGCAAUUUGAAAAUUCUAUGCCCUCUUGGUAUGGAUCUAAGCUCUAUCUUAUAGUACUGAAUGAUAUUGAGUGUUUCUAUAACACCAGGGGUCAUACCAUUCAUCACAGGUAAUUAUCUAAUGAGUUGAAAUCAGUUAUAUGCAAAUUGCAGAAUGUCACAAGUAAUAUAUAAGUCAUUGCAUUGUUCAGAGUGCAAGAGUUGAAGUAAAUGACAAGAAACCAGUCCAUGGCUGCUCUAAUAGUAAGCCUCACAGAGCUCAGAAUGAUAUUCAUAAUUAUUCUUAAGGCUUCUGUCACAUUCACGAUCAUGACUUCUGGCGCCUCCCGACAUUCAAUUUUGCCAACCAUCCUGGGCGAGUGACCGUGGGUGUGGGAAUGGGUGUGCUGUUGAUACGGGGUUAUGCCAAGUAACUUUAUUAACCCCUUAAUGACGCCGAUGCCGCUGGCGUCAUAUAGUUCAAUCAGACGUGGGCAACGAGCAUGAUGCCAUCGCCAGAGAGCGAGAAGCUAUCUGGAAUUUGAAGGGCACAUGUAACUAAGUCUCUGUCGAUGCUGAGUGACUAACUGGCACCUCUUUUGUCCCCUACACCACUCCGUGUUAAAAAUAGUUUACAUGCAGUUCCUGCCUAUGCAUCAUGGCGUCUGCAGAGCGAUUAUGUUCCCUCAGCCAAUCUGUUUCGGCGGUCUUCCUUUAGUUUCUACUUGUUGUGUGCAUGCUGAGCAUAGUCUUGACACUUCCACUUAUAUACGUGAUGUUCUAGAUGAACUAAUAUCUUGUUCGUAGGAGUGUACAGAGGAGUGGGAAGCGGAAGUUGGAUUUUGGGGGAAAUCAUGGAAUUCCAGCGAAGCGGUCUGUCCAAAUAAUAAUCUGAUUUCACAGUUGAGUUAUACAGAUGAUUUUCUACAACUUUUAUUCAGUGCGAUUCAUUCCAGAAUGAAAAAACUACAAAAAUUAUUUUUAAGUUUCACUGCAACUGUGGCUCUCUGUAGGUAAUAAAUUUCCAGGUCAAAGAUUAUAAACUAUUUUUGAGACUCCAUCGUGAUAAAAUGAGCAACUUUUCUUCAAUAAAUUUUCCUGUACGUCGCACCUGUAAAAAGUUGGAACUUUUGGGGAAUCAUGGAAUUCCAGCCAAACGGUCAGUCCAAAUCAUUUGAUUUCACAGUUGAGUUAUACGGAUGAUUUUCAACAACUUUUUUUUAAUGAGAUUCAUUCCAGAAUGAAAAACUACAAAAAUUUACAAUUGGAGUUAACCAGACUAUUGCUGAAGCUACAGCAAUAAAAGAAGCAAAAAAAAGCACCAGGUGUGAGUCAAGCCUUCCCUGAAUCGGAGACCAUUAUGGCCAUUAUGACAAUCUGAUGAGGAAGUUUUUGGCUGUAGAUUUAGAUUUCUACAGAAACUUUCUUCGGGUUGACAAUAACAUGUUUGAUGACCUAGUACAAUAUGUUGGCCCCCACAGUGAAAAACGACAAACAUUCUGGAGACAACCCCUGGAGCCUGGCCUGCGACUAUCAAUCACUCUAUGAUCACCCUACGAUCAUCCCUCCUUCACACGGAUGGUUGGUGCAGGUCCGUGACCACAUCUGCAUGUAGUUGGUUGGGAGACUGCGCUGCCAGACAUGCAUUAUGACCAUCAUAAGUAGAUCCCCUUAAAUGCCGACCAUUGCCAACAUCGAAACAACAUUGUUGCGACUUUGUGGAGAUGGACAUCUGGCGAUCGUGGUUUAUUACUGAUGGAUAACAGAUGUCGGGGAGGGCGAGUGGCCUGACGCACCACAACAGGCGGUGAGAUAUGGCAAUGCCGCAAACGAUCCCCAGGAUAACUUGAAAAUGGUUGGGAAGAGACAUGGUGACCACUGUGGAUGGCAACAUUUUCUAACAUCAGGAAGUGUCAGGAGUCAAGAUUAUGGAUGUGACACUAGCCUUAGCAACUCAGUACUUCCCAUGGUCCAUCCUUUUCAAUAUGUCAUAAAUAUUUAAAGAUAUAAUUAAAUAUAAAAUUUAGUAUGUAGCAAGGAAGCUUUAUAUAUAUAUAUAUAUAUAUAUAUAUAUAUAUAUAUAUAUAUAUAUAUAUAUAU